AUGGAAAAGUGGACUCCCUCUUUGUGGUUGACAGCAACUUCUUUCGAGGCAUACCAGGAUACCGAGGGUAUAACCCAACCAGCUGGCAAGAGAUUACUCGAAGUAUCAGGUCUCGUGCCUGCUCAACCUCUUAUCUCCAGUGAAAAGGGAUAUCAAACUCCCAUUUCAAACUCAGCUCUGGACGACGAGAACGAAGUAAAGGUGUUAGAUAUAGGUUCGGGGUUAGGUCAAGUGACCAACGCUUUACUGCGAAGUAGAAGGGUCAGUCAACAUGUACGAGUCGUAGCGGGUGAAAUUGAUGAUUCGUUAUUGGCUCAUCUCCAACAUAAGAAGGAGCAAGGUAUAGAUGGUUGGGGGAAAGUCGAUGUGGAGAAAUUGGAUGUCAAGAACCUCGCCAAACCCGAUAACACCUUUGAUUACAUCUACGCCAAUUUCUUGUAUUUCCUCUUGUCAGACCCAUUAGCAGGACUCAAAGAAUCCAUCCGAGUACUUAAAUCAGGUGGUACCCUAUCCCUAUCCACAUGGGGAUGUUCAGGCCCCUUGCAGCUACUUCAACUGGCCAUCUCCUUACUACCUUCUUACCCACUCAUUCCUCCUUCCCCACCUCCAGGCGGAGCAUGGUCGCAUCCCCGUUACAUCCAACAAAUACUCACCGACCACGGCUUAGUGGAUAUACAAAUCGAACCAUACGAGUUCGUUCAGACUGCUGACUCUCCGGGUGACAUGGCGAGGAAGAUGCACCCCGUCGUUCCGAUCCUGACUGCCAAAUGGGGUGAAGAAAGACAAGAAUUAGGUUGGAAGGUGUUUGAGAAAGUUGAAGAGCUCUUGAGGAGGGAACAGGGUGAAGGGCCAGUUAAGAUUUGGAGUGUAGCUUUGGUUGUGACUGCUAAGAAACCGAACGAGUAG